CCUUGAUCAACACUUUCCACCUACAAAUCCUCAGAAAGGGCGCAUAUAGGCAUUGAGCUUUGCAGCGAUGGCCUCGACAUCAGCGGGAGGAAGCAGAGCAAGCACAUCGUCCAUGUCGAGCUCUCUGGCCCCGCUACUUCGCCCUCCCUGGCCGGGGUGCCUCUUCGUAUAUGCACCUUCGCAUUCCCAUCAAAGUCGAGCGCUCGACGAUGUUCGUCAACUCGUCAGAGAGACGGUCAACGCCCAACCCAUAGAGAUCCAUCCCAACCUCAUUGGCCUCAGGGCGAUCGAUGUAGCUCGCGAAAUUCAGGAAGCCGUCUCGUCGUCUUCUUCGUCCAGCACCCUCCACCAAGCAACAACCUCCAUCUACCCUCCCCGAGCCUCGACGUCUUCCAACAACGAAUCCUGCACCAUCCUCAUCAUCCCUUUCGCCCAUCUUCUGCGCUCCUCUCACUCCCCACUCAUAUGGUCUCAAUUCCUCGACCCGCCUCCAGGCUAUGCAACCAUUCUCAUCUCAAGCCUCACACUGGAUCGCUGGCGUACAGCAGACGGGAUUGAGGAUGCUACUCCUUACCGCCCUCUGGUGCAUUUGAGCGCUCAGCGAGCUGAUCAGAAGGACGCAGAUCGAGAAGCAGCCCUGUUGACUUCGCUGCCAGGAGGGGAUGAGCUUCAAAAGCAAUGGGGCAUCUCUGCACCCUUGGCUGCGGGACUGGAUGAAAGGCCAGCGGGAAAGAUCAAGUCAUCUUUCCUGGCCUGGAGCACCGCAGCUCUCGAAGCAGACAUAGGAAGGGAUUGGGAUGUGGAUGAGGUGCGUUACCUUCUUGCGCCAGUGUGGAUCGCAAUGACGAGACAGGUUCAGCGAGGGCUGGACGAGCAGGACGAUCAAGGAGGAGAGACGAUGGCAAGUAGCAUUGCAGACAAGCUCAAGGAGCUCAAAGCCGGUACACCCCUCUUCUCUAUCCUCACGCCCCUCAUCCGUUCUGCGGUAAAGCUACUGCACACACGAAGUAUGGGCGUGCAGGCUUGGAUUCAAACUCAUUCCAGCCAACCCGCGGCAGACUCAACUGCCUCGGUGCGUGGACGCCCGCCUCUCAAGCUCUCACCGCUCGCCUCCCUCCUCCUGCUCUCCUCCUUCCUCGCCUCGCACCUCCCGGCGAAGCACGAUGUCCGCUUCUUCCUUCGAGACGAGACGAUUCUUGCCGCCUCCACUACCUCCUCUGGCGGCAAGAAGCGCGUACGACGACAACGCAAGCGGAGGCCUGCUACGCUCGGGGAGAGUGGGGAGACGACAAAGACGCACGCUGACCCUCUACUGCUCGGACCGAGGCCGUUUACGGCACAGAGGAUGCUCUAUCUGUGCCAAAAUCUGUGCAAGGAGUUCGAUGUUAGGUUGAGCGGAUCCUCGCUACAGGCACAGAGGGAUGUGGCUGCCAGACGCAGGCGAAAGAGACAACGACGCCUGGGCGUGGAGGACGAGGAUGAAGAGGAAAAAGAGGCGCUCAACGAUGAAGCUGAAGAAGUUGCCUUGCACAGCUUGGCGGUCUGGCGGACCGUUCAAGCGCUCGUGAGUGCGAAGUUGCUCGUCCUCGUCAGCCCACCAGCUCCAGCGCCGAUUGUCGCCCACAAGGAAGGGGGUGGCGCCAGUAGCCUACCAGCUCUGCCCACCAGGCUGGAAUGGCUCAAUCAAGCAUCGCUGCGGUGCAAUUGUCUGAGGGAUGAGGUCAAGGGGCUUGUACUGGGGUCGGGGUCGUCUGGCGAGGAGGGGGAGGGAUGGCUGGACGAGGACGAGGGCUAUGAAGACAGCGAUGAUGAAGAGGGGCCUCUCUGCUCCAAAUCUGCGGCCAAGAGAGAUGAUGGUGGUGAAGUAUUUGGCUUCAAUAGCGCCAGCCGGGCCGGCUGGAGGAAGAGGAGGAAGGAGUGGUGGACAAGAGUGGAGGAGGUGGGACUUUAGGUGGAACGUGCGACAAUGAACAGGUAUGCAAACGUGGGAUAU